AUGUCGGCCCCGCGAACAAAGCGUCAAUUUGCAGGCGCAGCAAGCGAUCCCGCCCAACGACAGAUUACCUCGUUCUUCGUCUCGCAACAUCCCGAUACUACCUCCGCUAGUCAUACCAACGCGCGGGCGCACAAUACCUCUGAUCCUGCCAGCCCCUCUCUUCCUGCGUCGGUGCAAGCGAACCUCCUUUCGGUUGGCAUGCGAGUGCGCAAGUCUGUCCCCGAAGGCUACAAGACAGGAAGCUAUAGUGCUUUUGCACUCUGGGACGAGAGCAACAACAUCUCUACGGCGACGAUGGGCGAGGGACGAUCACGCGCUAAUGCCAUUUCGACGCCGCGUGAGCUCCUUCCCUUCUGCGGGAUCAAUAAGGUCGGCGGUUUAGGAACACAACCAGAAAACACCCAAUCAUUCUCCGCUGCCGCAGCCUACCAGCCGUUGCUUAGCCUCAACGGUGUGCCUCUCGAGGAGAUGAUGGACGAGGAUGUUCCCGGCCUGACGAGUAGUCAGGACUCCGUCGAGAGUACCGGUUCAAGCAUCUCUCCUACACGGACUCGCAAGCGCUCUUAUACCGAGGACGAAGACGAGGCGCCCCAGACCCCAGGUCGUCUCAAAGUCGAUUUCAACCCAUGUUAUUGGGGCGCCAGAUUUGAUGGCGAGAUCAGCCCACGGAGCGUGGCGCCCAUCGGCUGGGAUGUGAGUAAUGGCCGCGUCAUGGCAACGCCGCGGAAGACCAAGUUUCGGGGAAACAAGCUAUCAGCACACACCCUAGGUCAAGACGACGUUAAGGUAGUAGGAAGUGCCGACGGCACCGAUUUUGAAGAGGCAGAUUUCUUGGUCAGGACAUCCGACCUAGGAUACAAAGAUGAUCCACGAGGUUGGGAGGUCGAGAUGAGCGAUGUUUAA